CUGACGCUGAGCUCAUUAAAGCUGCGGCAGAACCUCAGCGGCACCACCUGACCCACCGGCUACAAAAAGAAACCAGCGGAACAAAAGGAGAGGGAAGCAUCCUGGUACAAACAGACUGCGACAGGAUGGAGAAAUCCAGCAGCCAGUACGACUCGUUCCUCUUCUGGAGGCAGCCGAUCCCGACCCUCAACCUGUCGGAGUUGGAGGAUCUGGGUUUCGCCGUCGGCGAUCCGAUCAGCAGCAGCAAGGCGAAGGAUAAGACGUCCCAGCUGCRCGGACAGGACGACGAGGACGAGGAGUUGUCCGAGUUUUCCUCCUUUAAUUACUGGAGAGCUCCCAUCGCUGAUGUGGACGCUCUGCUGGCUGACCUGAACCUGCUGCCCUGAACCCACCAGAACCUGAACCCGGAUCAGCCCGACUUCAUCCAGAACCGUCACUAAUCUGAGACUAGACCUCCUAAUUCUGCAACCAGACUAAAGUUCACCUGAUUAUCUAAGGUUAUUUAUUUACAUCUCAGUUUGUUCAAGUUUAAUUAUUUGGAUUUCACAAACUGCAACACUUAGAAACACCUCAUAUAUUUUGCAUAAUCAAAAAUAAAUGAGUUUAUUUUAAUCUAUCUGCACAUUUUGGCUGCAGGAUCAAACGACUUCCUGUCCCAUUUAGUCUGAUUCAUCUGGUAUGAAAUAAGACUUUAAUAAUUUAACAUCCUGCAGUUUGAUUUUUGUUUUACGAGUUAACAUUUGUGCCUUUUGUCAUUUUCUUAGGAUCCGCUGUACUAACAGCUAAUUCUUCAUGUUUUUAUUUAUUUAUUUAUGCAUGUAUUUAUUUAUUUUUGUCACUUGCUGUUGAGCAAAACUGAAACUUCAGAACAGACCAGAAAUAAAAGGCUCCUUUUUUUUAAGA